AUGGCGCCGUCGACGCCCGACUUUUUCCGCAAGCGCACCACCAGCACCAACAGCAUCGCCAGCAUCUCGAGCGCCAAGCUGCGCAGCUCGCUCGCCUCCCUCCCCUCGAGAUCUUCGCGCGAUCGGCUCCAAUCCGAAGAACGCGCCACCCCGCCCCUUCCGAGUGGUGCUGCUGCUGCUGCUGCUGCUGGCAAACUUUCGGCCGCUCCGACCAGUGUCGCUGCCGUCGAUCUCUUCGGAGGUGCGCCGCUUUCCACCACGACCAGUCCCGUCGGCGCCCAGUCCGAUCCCGACUUCGGAUCUUCCUACGAAGGACCCGGCGCUUUCCACCACCUCGCAUCGGAUCGCUCCGCACAUCUCGCUCCGUCUGGAUCCUCUGCUACACCUCCUCCUACCGCCUCCACACUCUCGAGAGUCGCGCAGAUGAACUCGGCCUAUCACGCGUCGAAUGCGCAGGAGGGUGCAUGGCUCGGUGGAGCCGUCGACCACUCGUCGCUCAGCCCGCACGGCCUCUCGCCCAAUCCACUCGGAACCCACUUUGGCACCUCGCCGGGCAAUCAAUCCGACAUGUCCAACGAGGCGCAGUUCCACUCCAACGAUGCCCUCUCGGACGUUUCUGGCUCCGGCUACGAGCAUCCAUCCGCCAACCACCUCUACUCGGACGCGCUCAACAUGUCCGAUCAGGACCACAUGGACAGCCGCACCGCCGAUCCGCCCCAGCUCCACUAUACCGCCUCCUCGGCGCUCGCAACACCAACCUUGGCCGACCAGGCCACCUACGAUGACUCGCGCGGGUACAUGUCCAGCGCCGCCACCGCCGCCGCUUCCUCGACCGACAUCGCUUCCAGCGCCCGCUUCAGCACCCAGAGCGCAUCCACGGUGCCCGGCAUCACUCCCUCCUCCACCUUGGUCGACUCCAGCAUCCCUUCGAGCAAUACGCCAAGCAUGGCCAACAACGGUCCCACCAUGGAAGACAUUGUGCCCACCAGCUUCGACGAGGGUGUGCUGCGUUCGUUGUGCGACAUCGACUGCGGCAUGCCGCUGCUCUUCGAUCGCAUCAAGCAGAGCAUGGUCUCCGCCCGCGAGGCGUCCGUCUUCCUCAAGAAGCGCGCCGUCAUCGAAGACGAGUACGCGCGCAGCAUGGCCAAGCUCGCACGCUCCACCUUCGAAACCUACUCGCUCAGCGACGCCAAGGCAGGCUCGUUUGUCAAGUCGUGGCACUCGGUGGUCAAGACGCACGAGACCAUCGCCGACAACCGUCUGCGCUUCUCGGUCAAGCUCAACGAGAUGAGCGACGAGCUCGCCAACCUCGCCAAGGAGGUCGACAAGAGUCGCAAGCACGCACGCGAGACGGGCUUGCGUCUCGAGAAGAACUUGCAGGAUGCCGAGGCAGGCGUGGAAAAGGCGCGCGGCCGAUUCGACACGGCGGCCGAGGACCUCGAGCGUCUGCUUCUGCUCAAGUCGGGCGAGUCUACAAAGUCGGGCGAGAUCCAGGGCGGCUCCGGCGGCGGUGGCAGCAGCGGAAAGCGCACGCUCGGCAAGGCGAUCGGCAAGAGCGGCUUGCUGUUCAAGAACAAGAAUCCGCAACAGAUCCUCAAGCAGGAGGAGGAGAUCCGCGCCAGGACCAGCACCGCCAGCGACGCCUUCCGCAGAGAGGUGCUCAGCACCCAGGGCAUCCGUCAGGAGUACUUUAAUCUCCAGCUGCCGCGCAUCCUGCGUACGCUCAAGGAGAAUGCAGAGGAGAUCGACAAUGGCACACAGUACCACCUCUCGCGAUACGCCUUCCUCUACGAAAGCACCGUGCUCAACGACGGCAUGGCCAUCUCGCCUGUCGGCACGGACGUGACACCCGCCAGCGGCCUCAAGGGUGCAGUCGAGACGAUCGACAACCGUGCCGACUUCAAGCAGUACAUGGCCAACUACCAGGUGGCGCACGGACGCGACUACAAGGGUCCGCGCAGGGAGGGGCCGUACGAAGAGGGUUUCCUCAACAACUCGGCCGCAUCCAAGGGCGCCGCUGCGGGUGCUGCGAGAGCACCCGCAGUGUCGGAGCGUGCGAUCUUUGGCGUGGACCUCGCCGAGCAGAUGGCUCGGGACAGUGUCGAGAUCCCGCCGAUUCUGGAAAAGUGCGCGCAGGCGAUCGAGGAAGUGGGUAUCGAGAACAUGGGCAUCUACCGGCUCUCGGGCACCACGUCCAAGGUGCAGAAGCUCAAGGCCAAGUUUGAUGCCGACUGGAGCGGUGUGGAUCUGAUGAACGACGAGGCGAUCCAGGACAUCAAUAUCGUGGCUGGGUGUCUCAAGUUGUGGUUCCGCGAGCUGCCGGAACCGCUGCUGACACACGAGCUUUAUGCGGGGUUCAUCGAGGCGGCCAAGAUCGACAAUGAUCGCUUGAGGCAUAUUAGGUUGCAUGAGCGCGUCAACGAGUUGCCCGACGCCAACUAUGCUACGCUCAAGUACCUCAUGGGUCAUUUGGAUAAGGUCAAGUCGCUCGAACAUCUCAACCAGAUGUCCGCCAGCAAUUUGGCUAUUGUGUUUGGUCCCACGCUCUUGUCGCCCCCUCCUGCAGGGUACGACGAUGGCACGGCCCACAACGGCGCAGGUGGCAUCCAGAUUCACGACAUGAGCUUCCAGUGCCGAGCAGUAGAGACCAUCCUCGACAAGUACCGCGAGAUCUUUGUCGACGAAGGCGAAGAGUAG